AUGGCCACAGACUUCUUCCAUCAAUCCCUAUGCUUGCAACGUAACUCCGUAGCAGGCGAGUUUUACGAGCGUAAUGCCGGCCUUGUCUUCGAGAAAGACGAGACUCGUACUAAGGUGGAGCUACGUUGUUGGUCUGGUGUAGACCUUGCCGCGUACAAGAAGAAAAAGAAAUCGCCGUCAGAUCAAGGACCAUCGGUUGCGGAAUCAUCCGGAUGCGCAGAACAGAACAAGCAAACUCCAGUAGUCGAUGUACAGCAUGAUUCGACAAUGGCAGCUACACGGAUGUACACAGGCGGUCAUGUGGAGUCCGUCAGUGUCGGAUGUGGGCGCGAGCAAAAUUCGACUAUGCCUGCAUCAACCCGUUAUAUGAUCAUGAACGUCAAUCUCCUGACCUUGGAAGACCUGAUACAGCUCCUGGUGCUGGGAUGUCGGGUCUUCCCACAAUUUGGGGAGUUUCUGAUCGACUUCAAGUGGAAGUUGAAGGAAACAAAGAUUGGUCCGCCACGAAUCAGGUUUCGUCCGAUCCUCAAGCUGAAAUGUGAAAGGAGUCCCGGCUUUGGUAAGUGGUCAAUCUGGAUCUUGAUAAUUGGUGCUUCUUCUGAAAAUGGCCUGGAGACUGCCUAUGUCGUUAGAUUCAUGGAAUUUACCAAUAGGGAUGAAAGGCCAUCGUGGUCUCUACGUCAAUUUGCCGUGUACCACAAAUUCCGGGAGUUACCAACUCGCUACUCGACCUGGAUCCUUGUAGGAUCCUCUCAGCGUACAGAGAAAUGCUUCGACGACUUCGCCAGAACAGUGCUCGAUCCGUACACCGCCAAUCCUUUUGAGCUUCAUAUCAUCUUCCACGACGUUGCAAUCGCGUCGUGGCGGCCAUAUUUAGCUCACCUGCAUGAUGAUAUGGUGGAGUUGUCCACGAGAUCCAUUAUCACGACUAUUGAGAAGGACGAGUCUUUGCGCGGCGGCUAUGCUGUUGACGUAAAAGACUACCAAAGUCUCAAAGAGAUCGAAGAUCAGCUCUCGGACGUGAUUCUAUGUUUGGAUGCAACAUUUGAGAGCAUCAACACUCUCACCGAAAUGUAUCGUCGACAUUACUGUGGCCCACUUCAAGAUCCUGAACGCAGCGAAUACAUCACUAACAGACAGUGGGAAAGCGAUGAGAUGUACGUGGCAUUAGAAGAGAAAGUGAACGAAGUUGCAUACUCUCGAAAGAAGGCAGAAGCACUUCUCAUGAAAGCGCAGAACACGCGUGCCUUGGUCUCUUCAUUACUGGAAAGGAUGAAUGGCCACAAUCUCGACCAACAGAUGGCUGCGCUGCAAAAUCUUGAAAGACAAGGACAAGAAGAAAACGCCAUGAUGCGACAACUAGCAGAGAAAAGCAGCCACGACUCCACCAGCGUGCGGAUACUCACAAUCAUCACUUUGAUCUACCUUCCAUGUACCGUCGUAUCAUUUGUAGACAAGAAAGAGCUGCCUUCGGGUGAAACAAAGAUCAAGUACGCUACAAAUGCAUGGCUCUUCUUCGCGGUCUCCAUACCGUUGACACUCUUUACCAUCAGCGUCUGGUACAUGUGGGCAAACUCGCGCCGCAUUUACCAGUCAUUACUAUUGAUGCAAAAGGACAAGAGGAAGAAGCUUCACGAAUGCAUCAACGAUCUCCGCUCUGAAAAACAAGGGACUGAACUGCCAUGUUGA